AUGGACGCUAUGGUUAAAGAAAUUUUGCAUAAGAAAGCAGGACAUAGAGAAAGCAUUAAUGGAGAGCAUAGAUUAAAGAAUUUACAUGAUAGAUAUGUGGAAUCUACAAUAAGGCUCAAAGAAUUGUAUGAAGAUAAAGAUGGUUUACGUAAGGAGGAAAUUGCUGCUCUGUCUGGUCCUAAUGAAUUUCAAGAGUUUUAUGCUAGAUUAAAACAAAUAAAGGAAUUUCACAGAAAACAUCCAAAUGAAAUUUGCGUGCCUAUGUCUGUCGAAUUUGAAGAGUUGGCAAAGAUAAGAGAAAAUCCUUCAGAAGAUUAUACAACCCCAGUUGAAUUCACAGAUGAAGAAGGUUAUGGCAAAUAUUUAGACUUACAUGAAUGUUAUGAAAAAUAUAUCAAUUUGAAGGGUAUUGAGAAAGUUGACUAUAUCACAUAUCUGAGCAUAUUUGAUCAUUUGUUUGAUAUUCCACGCGAAAGGAAGAACAGUGACUAUCGCAAUUACAUUCGUGCUUUGUUAACCUAUCUCAAGGAUUUUGUGAGUAGAAUCAAGCCUUUGUUAGACCAAGCCCAAGAAAUGGCCACAGCUCAUCAAGAUUUUAUCAAACAAUGGGAAUCGGGUACUUUUCCCGGUUGGCCGAAAGAAACUGGCGGUGCAUUAACAAAUGUUGGUGCACAUUUAGAUUUAUCGGCUUUCUCAUCAUGGGAAGAAUUGGCAUCUUUGGGUUUGGACAGAUUGAAGUCUGCUCUCAUGGCCCUUGGUCUAAAGUGUGGUGGAACUUUAGAAGAAAGGGCACAAAGAUUAUUUAGUACAAAAGGUCAAACAGCUUUAGACAAGUCACUGGUGGCAAAGAAGGGUGCCACUAAGGCCAAGGCUUCUACUCAACAACGUCACAAAGAUGUUGCAGCAAUUGAAGCUCAAGUUUACAGAUUUGCAAAUGUAGUCAGCGGUACUCGUACUGCUACAAUAGAGAACGUUACGCGACGUGCUGCUCGUGCUGCUGGUGAAAGGAGGGACGAGAGUGAUGACGAAAGCGAUGCGUCAGCUGCCCCCGAUGUUGACUCGGAUGAUGAUGAAGUGCCAUACAAUCCCAAGAAUUUGCCACUCGGCUGGGAUGGAAAGCCUAUUCCAUAUUGGCUCUACAAGCUUCAUGGAUUGAAUAUAAGUUACACUUGUGAAAUAUGUGGUAAUUACACAUACAAGGGGCCGAAAGCAUUUCAAAGACACUUUGCUGAAUGGCGCCACGCUCAUGGAAUGCGGUGUCUUGGUAUACCAAACACAGCUCAUUUUGCUAAUGUCACUCAAAUUGAAGAUGCACUUGCAUUAUGGGAGAAAAUAAAAAAUCAAAAGGAGAAUGAAAGGUUUGUUGCUGAAAAUGAUGAAGAAUACGAGGAUUCUCAAGGAAAUGUUGUCAAUAGAAAAACUUACGAAGAUUUGAAGAGACAAGGACUUCUA